AUGGCUUCCCUCUCUUUACCCAUCUUGACAAAACAUCCCAGUACCCCCACCAACCAACCAGUGCCAGUACCGGAUACUCCAAACCCACUAGUCAGCAUCAUCUGCACCGAAGAAACCAUACAAUCAGACAUCCUCACACAAAUCCUGACGGAAGCCUACGCCAAAAAUCCCACCGCACCACCUUCCCUCAUCAUCCUCUCCACCAACUCCACAACCACCAUCCAACAACUCACCCCCGACUCCGCCACCCAACCGCCCCUGAAACCAUUCACCUCCCCCUUCCUAGGCAUGACCGAAACCAAGGUAGCGGAAUUCAUCGCCACCGCCUGUGCAGGGAGUGCCAUCAGCAGUAAACUAUUCUAUAUCGCGGAUGAUCGAACCGCCGCGACAGGAACCCUGCAGGCGGUGUUCAUGUACUCGGAUGAUCAUUGGAGUCGGGCGUCGUUUCCGAUGGAGUGGGAGUUCGCGAAUGUGGCGGCUGUUGGGGUGAUGAGGGAUCCGGAACGAGGCGGGGAGAAGCUUCUCUCGGUUAUUUGGAAGGGGAUUUAUCGGGGUAAGCAGGGGGGGGAAGGGUGGGGUCGGUGA